AUGCCAGUACUGAUUGUAUAUGUGGAUGACAUAAUUGUCACCGGAAAGCAUAUUGAAGAGAUUAUUCUAAUCAAAGAAAUGUUGGCAAAGGAGUUUGAAGUCAAGGAUCUUGAUGCACUCAGAUAUUUUUUGGGAAUGGAAUUUGCUAGAAGCAAAAAAGGGAUUUCUGUGUCCCAAAGGAAAUAUACUCUUGAUCUCUUGGAGGAGACAGGAAUGCUUGGUAGCAAGCCCAGCAAGACUCCAAUUGAGCUCAGAGACAAGAGGAAAAUGUUUGGAGGAAGCCCAGUUGACAAAGAGAGGUACCAACAACUAGUAGGGAAACUUAUCUACCUCUCCCAUACAAGACCCGACAUUGCCUCUGCGAUAAGUCUAGUCGGUCAAUAUAUGCAUAAUCCAUGUCAAGGACAUCUCAAUGAUGUAUAUAGAAUUCUGAGGUACCUCAAGCAAACACUAGGAAACGGUCUUUUCUUCAAGAAGACAAUUGAGAGGAAGGUUGAAGUCUUCACAGAUGCAGACUGGGCUGGGUCAAUUGAUGAUAGAAAGUCUACAUCUGGGUAUUGUACUCUUGUAUGGGGUAAUGUAGUAACAUGGCAAAGUAAAAAAGCAAACGGUAGUUGCAAGAAGUAG